AUGGCCUCUCCGGACGAGUCCUCAGCCCUCGAGAUCAUACGACAGCACCUCCUCGACGACUACGCCUUCGCCGAGAACUACUGUCCCUCGGCUUCCUUCUCCUCCGACUCUCAAAUCUCCAGAACCUCCAGCACCGCCUCCGAAAUCACCUCCUCGAUCGACCCCUCCAAUCCCCUUUAUUUCACUUUCGCCCCGAUAAACCACGGAAACUGCAAUCCGGCCCCAAUUCUGGAUUUCUCGGCCUUUUCCGGCCCGAAGGUCGAGCCCGACGCCUUCCUCGAGUUCCAGCCGAGCCCGCCGGCUGCCAAGAAGGCCGAUAGGAAGCCGUCUCUCAACAUCGCGAUUCCUAAAUCGAACAGCGGCGCCGGCGCGCCGGCGGCGGCGGAGAGGCACUACAGGGGCGUGAGGCAGCGGCCGUGGGGGAAAUUCGCGGCGGAGAUACGGGACCCAAACCGGAAGGGGACGCGGGUGUGGCUGGGGACGUUUGACACGGCGGUGGAGGCGGCGAGGGCCUACGACAGGGCGGCGUUCAGGCUGAGGGGGAGCAAGGCCAUACUCAACUUCCCGCUCGAGAUCGGGACCACCAACCGCCCGACGGAGGGGGACGCGGCGGCGGUCGGAUGCCGGAAGAGGAGUAGGGAGUCCCGGCGCGAGGAGGGGAGGGAGGCGAAGGAGGUGAAGAGGGAGGAGGUCGAGGCGGCGGAGGGACCGCUGACGCCGUCAAGUUGGACGGCGGUUUGGGACGGCGGGGAUGGGAGCGGGAUAUUUGAGGUGCCGCCGUUAUCUCCUUAUGCGAAUUUGGGUUAUUCGAGGCUGACGGUGGUAUGA